AUGAGGGGUCUAAUGUACGUGGACUGUUGGUCGGUUAACCAGAAACCAUCCAAGAGCACUAUUGUGGAUUCUGAUGCAACCCACAAUUUCAUAACAGAGGCAGAAGCCAGAUGGCUGAAUCUCCAUUGGGAGAAAGACAUAGGAAAGAUGAAGGUCAUGAAUUCGACUGUCUUGCAUAUUGUCGGGCUGUGGUCUAGCUCCACGGUGGAAGAACACAAGGACCACCUCCAAAGAGUUUUCCAUAAACUAAAGGAGAACCAGUUGUAUGUCAAGAGGGAAAAGUGUUCCUUUACACAAGAACGAAUAAAUUUCCUAGGUCAUGUAAUUGAGUGUGGCCGAAUUGGUAUGGAGGAGGGGAAGAUUGUCGCGAUUCGUGAUUGGAGAGUACCAAGGCAAUUAGUGGAAGGAUUCUCCAAAAGAGCAAGUCCGCUAAUUGGGUUAUUGAAAAAAGACAGCCUAUGGGGUUGGACACCCGAAUGUCAGGGCGCCUUCGAUGAGUUGAAGCAAGCUAUAACCAAGGGGCUAGUUCUUAGGAUAACCGAUGUGACCCAACCAUUUGAAGUUGAGACUGAUGCGUCUGAUUAUGCGUUGGAUGGUGUUCUCUUAUAG